CCUUUGUCUCUGAAUCUUCCUUCAUUUCUAUUAAGAUUCAUAGAGAAAGAAAACGCCAUGGAUUCUUUAAGGAAAGGUGAUGAGUUACCAGUCACCGCGCCGCUGAUGAACAGCCAAGAGCUCCACCGGAAGCCACCAGCCUCCGCCAUGACAAAAAAAGGAGCGUUUGCUUCUGCCGGCUAUAUGGCUAGUGCAGUUCUCUUGGUCAUGUUAAACAAAGCAACCCUUUCUUCUUAUAACUUCCCAUGCGCAAAUGUAAUCACACUCUUUCAGCUGGGAGAAGAGAAACAGAGCUGCAGUUAGCCUAAGAAAAUGAAAAUUUUAAUUGAGAAAUAUUAUGGUACAAGCAGUCACACAUAUUCACUUUAACACCUAACUGGCACUUUAUCAGUUUAUCUACUAUUUCUGUACUCUCCUACCCUGCUUUUACUUUCUUAGGCAUACUGUUGCUCUUUCAUUCACUUUCUCGCACUAUUUCUCAUUGCCCAAAAGCAACACAAGUCACCUUUUUUUUAUUCCUACUAAAGUAAUGUCAGUGGCUUAUCAGUUGUUCUCCACAGUUUCACUUACACCAUGGUGAAAAAUCUUUUGACUUUUCAUAAGAUUUUUGUACUGAUAUUUCAUGUACCUAGUUUCUCCAUCAAGACCCUUAAAAGUUAUCUACCAUUUCGAGAAUCUUUUAAUUCAGUGAUGACAUUUUUAACAAUUCAAUCAUGUGUAGAUAUCAUGGGAGCAUGACUAAAGAAGUGUCCAGAGUGGAUUCAAUAUCAUCUCUCCUAAAUUGCCAACCAAUCCAUCCAUUUAUUGCGGAGAAGAUAUAGUUUUAAUUGUGAUAGCUAGGUUUUGCUUUUCCUUGUAUUUUGAUUUUUUUUUUUCUUUAGACAGGUCAAUGAUAUAAUGUGUGUUUUUUUCAUAAUAUUUAACCAUUUAUUAUUAUUUAACUCAGUUUGGCAUUUAUUUUCUAGUAAAAUAUAUUUCAACUUUCCUUUUUCGCCGCCUGGUCUGCGACAAACAAUGUUAAAAUUUCAGUGACAUUUUUUCAUUCGUUGUCUAAAUCAUCUUAGAUGCUGUUCUCUUGUGCAUUUCUGUAUGCAACAAAACGUUGGGAGAUCAUAUCUUUUACAGGUGGGGAGCCACAGAGCAUUACUAGUAACAGGAUAACUUUGGUUCCAGUCAAGACACUAUUUCGCACCAUUCCACUGGCAUUAGCAUACUUGCUUUACAUGCUGGUCACCAUGGAAUCUGUUCGUAGCAUAAAUGUUCCUAUGUACACAACCCUCAGAAGAACUACUGUGGCUUUUACCAUGAUUGUAGAGUAUCUCUUAUUUUCUCUUGAUCAUUCUCAAAGUAGGAAUAUGGUUAUCAAAAAUUUUUGCUAUGUUCUUGUCUUUGUGUGUGUAUGCUAUUUACUUUACCUGCUACUAUGUUUCUUAGUGUUCUGCAUAAUAUUAUAAAUUAAGAAUAACAUUCAUCCCAUCAAUGAAAGAACUUGUUGAUUGCUUUACUUGCUAUUUUGAACUUCAAUUGUUGCACAUAUAUAAACUUAUAUGGUUAUAAUUAUUUGGUCAAAAGAAAAAUAACUCUCUUGUGCACACAUGAUACACUAGUAGCAUAAACAAAAUGGAAUGCAAAGUGUUUUGCUUCCUUUGCACAACCACAAUGUUCAUGUUUUUGCAAUUUUAUAAAUUGUUCUUUUAUAGACUAAUUCUUAAUGAUCUGGCUAUAUCUUUUCUUAAUUGAUUGAUCCAAGGAUUUCAUCAGUGUGUUGAUAAUUAUUUUUGGUGCAUUUAUUGCUGGAGCUCGGGAUUUGUCAUUUGAUGCCUAUGGCUAUUCCAUUGUUUUCAUAGCAAACAUCUGCACAGCAACAUAUCUUGCUUCUAUCACUCGUGUUGGUAAAUCCAGUGGCCUCAAUAGCUUUGGCCUCAUGUGGUGCAAUGGAAUUAUAUGUGCACCAAUCUUGUUCCUCUGGACAUCACUGAGUGGCGACCUGAAACUAACAAUGAACUUCCCUUAUCUAUACUCUGCAGGAUUUCAGGUUGUGAUGCUUCUCUCUUGUGCCAUGGCUUUUGCAAUAAAUUAUUUCGUGUUUCUGAAUACAAUACUCAAUUCAGCACUGACGCAGACAAUAUGUGGUAAUUUGAAGGAUCUUUUUACCAUUGGACUUGGCUGGAUAUUGUUUGGUGGGCUUCCAUUUGAUUUGUUGAAUGUUGUUGGUCAAUCUCUCGGGUUUUUGGGAUCAUGCUUAUAUGCCUACUGUAAACUCAAAGGGAAAUAAGUACAUAUCUGCUGUUUGAGAGCAUUAAACUGGAGGCAGUUAAUCCAAUGGCUGACUGCUGCUUCACUUAUCCUUGCGAAAUUUUGAUUCAAGAUCUUGGAGUCUAGAGCAUGUGGAAAAAGGCUUCUCUGAUAAAAUAAUGUGUAGUGCAACGCUAAAUCUGCAUUUUACAUGUAUGAGAAGAACAGGGGAUCUUAACUCUCAAGUGUUUUCUCUUUUUUUUGGUGAAUAAUGGGAUAACAUUAACAUUAGACCAGUAAAGAAAAAUACAAAUUAGUU